AUGCGCAAGCUGCUGCAUGGAACACUAGCCUCAACUUUCCCACCUUGUUUGGAUUCCGUACAGCAAAGUACGGCAGUAUUUCCACAUAUUUUAGACGCUCGCAGCUUACCUUUAUUUAAAAUAAUACGAGUCAGUGUUGUAAAUAAGAUGUCAAAUGGUGAAUAUAGACAUGUCUGGCGAAUUGUCGUUAGAAAUUUCUUAAAUUCUUUGAAACCACGCCAAAUACAAGGCAAUCAAAUGGGUAAAGAUUAUAUAGGUAAUAUUUACUAUGAAAUUCCUGCUGAUCCUAGUAGAGGUAAACGAAAGCCCUCUCGUUGGUAUGACCCCCCCAAAGGGUUAGACUUUCAAGAUCCUCUACCAGCUGAGUGGGAGUCAUGGUUACGAAUGAGAAGAAAGGAACCUCCAACAGAAGAAGAAAUUGCUAAAAAUCUUGCUAUAGCACAAUUGAAGCAAGAAAAUGCUGCAAAAAUAGAAGCUCAAAGAUUAGCAGACGGAGGCUCUUUGCCAGCGCCUCCAAAAAGAGGGCCACAGUCAUUUCCUACAUACCCUGAUUUUCAUGGUGGAGAUCUGACAAAUCAAUAUAAGAAAUAA